AUGGUAGCAAUCAACGUGGAAAGAGACGUGAGCACAUGUUACACCGAGAUGUUGUCACAUAGUGCGGAGCCUAUGAAUUUCCCUGAGACGUGUGCCAGACCUGAAGGGGGUGCCUUCAUAUGUGAUGUCUGGGAGCCACGGAGAACAGUUCGCAGAUGUUUUAAAUAUGGUGAUGAUGUUGGUGCAACAUUUGAAGAAGUUCAAGAUGCUAUUAGCGUGCCCUACACGUACUGCAGUUUGAACCAUAUGUGCAUAGAUAAACGUAUGGAGUUCUACCAACACUUGUGUAAACACUGGCAGUGUUGA